ACGUCACUUCCGCUUCCUCCUCCCCCGCCCCUCCCCGCCAUGGCGGCCGGGCUGCGGCUGCGGGCGGCCCCCGGCGGGGCCCAGCCCCGGCUCCAGGCCCAGCUCCUGCCCUGCCGCGUCCUCCACGACGGACCCGCGCCCGUGGGCGGCUUCCUGCGGGCCCGGCCCGGCCCCGGCGGCGAGCUGUGGGCCUCGUUCCGGGGCCGGCGCUUGGGGGGCAGGGAGCUGCCGCUGCCCCACGGUUACCAGGGAGUGCUGCUGCGGGAGGGGGAGCCCCCCCUUGGUGAUGAGGGAGACCCCGAGGCCCGGUGUGUGACAGUGACGGGGACCUUCGAUGCCAUCACGGAGUGGGGGGCUGAUUCCGUCCCCUCCCCUGCCGAGGGGCUGGCCCUGGCGCUGCAGUGGGAGCCGCUCGCCCGUGCGAUCCACGCCCCGAUCUCCGAUGACAGUGAUGAGGAGGCGGAGCCAUGACAGACCCCACCUACCCACAAAGCUCCUCCCUUUGGUGGGUGGAGCCUGAGUAAGCCACACCCACCCACCGAGUCAAUAAAGGAGCCAGACAAUUA